UUCUCAGUGCCCACGCUAAGCGCAACUUGCUUAAAUAAAGACCAUAAACUUGAAAGCGAAAAACGAAAAGUAAAUUUUACAAAGUUUUAUAAAUCGUCCAGUAUAAUAAUAAUCAUAAUCUUUGCAACUGUUGUUUGUGUUUGUUAAUAUACAUAUUCACCCAAAGUGAAUUGAAAACAUACCUACCUACCUACGUUCAAUAAAAAACGGGGCUCAAGAUAGCGAGGAUUCCCCGAGUACAUUACCCACACUAACUAAUUUGACUUGAGCACAACACACGCAAUAUAAAGAUAGCAUAUAAAAGCUUAUAUUUUCCUGGUACUUUUCAAACGUAUCCAGAUUUUAACAGCGUUCACAUCGUUAUUUGUAGGUACUUAUUGCAACAAAAUAUAUCUAUUAUGAAAUACGUAGCAGUUUUCGUCGCUAUCGCAGCAGUGGUAGUUUUGCAGUGCGAAAGCAAAACUUUUAAGAGAUGCGAACUUGUGCGGGAAUUGAGGAGUCAAGGGUUCCCAGAAAACAAGCUUCGGGACUGGGUGUGCCUCGUCGAGAGCGAAAGCAGUGGUAACUCGAAUAAGGUCAGCAAGGAGAACAAAAAUGGCUCCCGGGACUACGGGCUGUUCCAGAUCAACGACAAAUAUUGGUGCAGCCACACCAGUACCGCUGGGAAAGACUGCAAUGUAACAUGCGCAGAACUCAUAACUGACGAUAUUACAAAAGCGGCGAAGUGCGCGAAGAAGGUUUUCAAACGCCACGGAUUCAACGCCUGGUACGGCUGGAAGAACCGCUGCCAAGGCACCCUGCCUGACAUCAGCUCUUGCUAAACUUUUGGAGACAUUACCAAUAAACCUGGAAUACUUAAUCAUUGUUUGAAAGGUCCUCUUAGUUAGAGUAUGACAAUAUACUUGUUCCGAUGUUAUUCCACGUUUUUUUAAUGUAUCUGUGAACCUCAUAUACAUAACAACGAUAACCUGUUUAAUAAUUACUUACAUUAAAAAUAAUGAAAAAUAAUUCCCACUGUAAAAAAAUAAAAGUAUCGUACCAUUAUUUUAAAGGAAAGGAUAAAAAAUGAUAAAGGAUAUUAUACUCCACCAUGACUCUACCAAUAAAACCUUAUUAAGUCUGAAUAAAGCAUUUUUUUUU